GAGAAAAGGAUGCAGGAAAUUCUGUUGUUUACACAUGUGUCUGUAACACUGAGAAGCAAGAGGAGCCCAGCAAACUCGGAGGGAGUGAAAUUAGAUGAUUAAUCAAAACAUGAAUUUAGGCUCUGUUCAGAAACUAAUGGAAGAAAUGCAAGUUUUUGAGACCCAACCAGGACAACCUUAUGAAUUGGCUGGAGGUUGCCAGCCAGGUGGCCAUCUGUGUAAUUCAAAUCCUCCAUCUCAAAGUUUCUACCCGUAUUCAUCUCAUUAUCCAUACAUGCAUGCCAAUUACAGCAGUGAUUGGGAAAUUUCUGAAACAGUAAAAAUUCAGGAACUGGAAGAAGUCAAAGCCAGAGCUGCCCAAAUGGAGAAGACCAUGCGCUGGUGGUCAGAUUGUACUGCUAACUGGAGGGAGAAAUGGAGCAAAGUUAGAGGAGAAAGAAAUAAAGCCAGAGAGGAAGCAAGGCAAUUGAGAAUCAAAUUAGACAAUGUUGUAAAAGAACUGAGUAUGCUUAAAAAAAUAAAUCAAGAUUUAGUAAGUGAGAAGAAAAACUUGGAAGAUGUAACAGCUUGGAAGACAGAAUUCAGUUGCUCAGAAAUGUCUUAUAUUAAAAAAGACCUAAACCAGUUAACAUUUCUGGAACAAGAACCUGUGAAUGAACUGAGAAAAAUUAACAAGAUUCCUGGAACAGAAGACACAAAAAAGGAUAUAAUCAAAGACCAGAGCAAUCACAACAAAAAAAUCACUCCAAAACCUCCUGAUUACUUUCCCAAUGUUGUUCCCAGCACCUAUUUGGAGGAACAUAAAAAAAGUUUGGACAGUACAGCUGAGACAACAGACAAUGUUUUAAUACACGUUUCAGUCUUGCAUUUGCAAUUAGCUGAAAUGCAGAAAAUCUUACAGAAGGAAAGAGAAAUGAAUGCAUUUCUGGAAAAAGAAAUGGAAAAGAUAGAAAAUGAAUUAUAUGUUUGGAAAUGGAGAUAUGAGGAACUGCGUCAAACCAAGCUGGAAAGCCUGAAGCAG